AUGAUUGAUCGCUUUGUUCCCAAACAUGCCUCAGCAGCACUGCUAUGCCUUCUCGCAACGUCCACUAAAGCGCAGCAAAGCUCACCACCACAAGUGAGCUCGGGAGUCCAAUACGUUAAUCCGCUAAUUGGAACAAUCAAUGGAGGCCAUGUUUUUCCUGGUGCAACGCUGCCGUUCGGAAUGGCAAAAGCUGGACCUGAUGUGAUAGGAGAGAACCAAGGAGGAUUCUCUUCGGAAGAAUCUGACCCCAUUUAUGGAUUUUCCCACAUGCACGACUCCGGUACCGGUGGAUCGCCAUCGCUCGGGAACUUUCCAAUAUUUGCACAAGCUGGGUGCCCAAACGAUGACCUCAAUGAAUGUAAAUACCCAAAAUAUCAGCGAGCCACCAACCGUACAGCGGGCAGUGUACAUGCUAAACCUGGAUACUUUGACAUUACUUUGAACAAUAAUAUCAGGACUGAGACUACGGUAACGAACCGCACGGCUUUGUAUCGCAUAACGUUCCCGGAAACACCCACGACGCCAAACACGACACUAAGCCCGCAUAUUCUGGUCGAGCUUACGGAUCUACCAAAUACGCGGAGCGAAGCCAACAUGACGGUAGAUGCAAAGACUGGACGCAUGACUGGACGCGGACGCUUUGAGCCCUCUUUCGGCGUUACCACGUAUCAGUCAUUUUUCUGUAUCGAUUUCGAUGGCGCCGCAGUCAGACGCGCGGGUAUUUGGUCCAAUACCCGAGCAACUACGAGAAAACUGGAUCUAUAUGUCAAACCAUACGACAGCCUUCAAACAACGAGCCAGAAGCCAUCAGGUGGCUGGGUACAAUUCGAGAAGCCCGCCCAGAACAACCAAAUGUUGGUUAGGGUGGGCGUGAGCCUGGUCAGUGAAGAUCAGGCUUGUGCGAAUGCAGAACGCGAGAUACCUUCAUUCGACUUUGAUGGGGUAGUCGAGGCUGCUGACACCGCCUGGCGCUCUAAACUCGAUGUCAUCACGAUUGAGAGUGGGGGUGUGGAUGAAAGCUUCCUUACGUCGUUUUGGAGCGGUGCAUACCGAACAAUGAUCAGCCCGCAAGACUACACUGGCGAGAACCCCUUCUGGAAAUCUGAUGAGCCGUAUUACGACUCCUACUACUGUAUCUGGGAUAGUUUUAGGUCCAUUCAUCCUUUGCUUACAAUACUAGAUCCGCAUAGUCAGACAUUGAUGAUCAGAAGCUUGCUGGAUAUCUAUCGUAAUGAAGGAUGGCUACCAGAUUGUCGAAUGAGCUUGUGUAAGGGGUUCACCCAAGGAGGCUCGAAUGCAGAUGUUGUGAUCACAGAUGCUUAUCUCAAGAACAUCUCUGCUGGUGUUGACUGGAAUUUAGCGUACGAGGCCGUUGUCAAGGACGCAGAAGUUGAGCCCCUCAACUGGGAUGUCGAAGGCAGAGGCGGUCUUGUAUCCUGGAAGAAACUCGGUUACAUCCCCACCCAAAAUACCGACGUCGAAGGCAUAGGCACAGAAACUCGCUCCAUCUCGCGCACAGUCGAAUAUGCCUACAACGAUUUCACCAUUGCCCUACUGGCCCGUGAACUUGGUCACACAGCAGACUACCAAAAGUAUCUGUCGCGCUCUGCCAACUGGAAGAACAUGUUCAAGGCCGAUCAACCCAGCAUCAUCAACGGUACUGACACCGGCUUCGUAGGCUUCUUGCAGCCGCGCUACGAAAACGGCACUUGGGGACUCCAAGACCCCAUUUUCUGCUCCCCACUGUUCAACUUCACGUCCUGCUAUCUCAAUCCCCAAGGUGGCGAAACCUACGAGGGCCCAGUCUGGCUAUACACGUUCUUCGCACCCGGCGACAUGGCCACACUGAUCACGACCCUAGGCGGUGUCGACCUCUUUACCGCACGUCUAGACUGGCUCCACGAAUCCGGUAUUCUGUACGUAGGCGACGAACAGGCGUUCCUUACCAUCUUCCUAUACCACUACGCGGGUCGCCCGGCACUCUCGGCCGAGCGUGCACACCAGUACAUCCCCUCGCUCUUCAACGAUACCGUCGGCGGCAUACCCGGUAACGACGACAGCGGCGCAAUGGGCUCCUUCCAAGCCCUCGUCAUGAUGGGAUUUUUCCCCAACGCCGGCCAAGACGUAUACUUCAUCAUCCCUCCCUUCUUCGAAUCCGUCUCGAUUAAGAAUGGCCAGACGGGCAAGACGGCGACAAUCCGCAAUAUCAAUUUCGAUAAGGAGUAUAAGAAUAUUUAUAUUCAGUCUGCGACGUUGAAUGGGGAGCCGUACACGCGGAAUUGGAUUCAGCAUAGCUUUUUUCUGGAAGGAGGGGUUUUGGAGCUUACGCUUGGCCCGAAGGAGAGUGCGUGGGGGACGGGUGUGGAGGAUGUGCCGCCGAGUUUGGGGCCGGCUGGGAAUGUGACGGGGGCAGGGGUGGGAGAGCAGAAGCGAUGGGAGAUGCAGGAUGUGUGGGGUUGA